GCUCUCCCCUCUUGAGAUCUUAUUUCCCUCAAAGAACUCGCUCUCUCUCCAAGGUUUUGCAGCCUCUCCCAUGGCUACUUCUGCCGCAACUCAUCCGCUCCUCAUGGCCGCAACCGAGCCCACAAGGCUCGAAAGGACUACCAACAGCAUCGUCACUCCAGGGGCUGAUCAGAACAGGCAAGAGCAGCCAUCCAAGCCGAGGCCGAGAAAGAUGGCCAAGCAGCACCCGCCCAAGAAGCAGCCGCAGAGGGGCAUGGGGGUGGCGCAGCUGGAGCGCCUGCGGCUCCAGGACCAGGAGCGCUGGACCAAGAUGCCCGAAGUCCCCCCUCAACCCUACCCUCCCUACUUCCUUCUCCACGGCAAUCCCCAACGCCCCGGGUUCUCGUUCCCGGGCCCUCUCGACGCGGCCGGCGGCGUCCCCGUGCAGCAGUACUGCGCACCGCCUACCCGACCGCCGUCCCCGGUCAGCACGGGGCUGGGGCUGGGGCUGGGCAUGGGGAGGGGGUUUCUGGUCCAGAGGAAAGACGAUGGCGGGGGUGAUCACGGGAGGUUGGCGCCGGCAUCGGCUCCGGGCCAGGUCAUGUUCGAUGCGUUCGGAGCCGGGGCUCCGGCGGGCCGAGGCGGGAGUAGUAAGGCGGUGGAGACCUCGAGAGAGCUCUCUUCAAUUCCAAAUGCUCAGCAGUGCAUGUCUGACCGCUGCGACGUCUGUCUCAAGAAAAAGCGCAUGGAUUCUCAAAAUGCUGGGUUGUUCGUUAACAGAGCCAGGGAAAAUUACCCAGAGAAAAUGCGGGUCGGUAACUGCGAUUUUCUCGGACUGAAUCUGGAGAUUCCGCAAUCAAAAGCAGCGGCUAGGACUCCCAUUUACACCGCUCACAAUCUCGAUGAUGAUGAUGAUCAGAACGUGGAGGUGACGGCAAUAAGGAGGAGGGUGAACAUAUCCGGCGGUGGGGUGUCCAUGGAAUACGAGUUUUUUCCUGGAAAAAGUGGGAGGAGCACUUGGACCGAGGGUCUGAACUUUCCUGCACAAGAAGAAGCCGCUGCUGAUACUGAUGCUUCCGAAGAUGGCGAAGAGAAUUAUGGAAAAGGUUCCUAAGCUUUGACAUAUCCAAACGUAUAGGGAGGAUCCUUAUCAACACAUUGGAUAACUUUGGAGAAAUGAGAUUGUUUAAAAUUCCAAAUGUCACUAAACAUAAUCUUAGGGUCUUUUGUGUACUCACAGAUAUGGAGAUACUGCGACGGAAACAAUUUGCCUUAGGCCAGGCAAUAGUGAGCGACGAAAACAAACUUCUUGGCCUUCGGCCAAGCAAUAGCGACGAAGCAUGGAUUUUGUCGUUCUCGAGAGACACCAAUUGCAC